AUGGCAGCGCACUACACGCAGCUACAUAUUGGGGCGAAAAAUGCAAAGCUGGAGCUUCUAAUGUCAAAAUUCGAUAUCAAGCAGCUCCAAGAUCCGUACAACCAGACUCUACUCUCCCAGUACCAUCACGACUCUCAGAUCACCGACAAGUUUGGGCGCUUGCUGAUCUGGAUUGCUACGAAGAAAGGUCACCGUGCAGUGCUGAAAUUCUUAUCAGAAGAGUGUGGACUGAUCAGUCUCGAGCAAGUAGUGUUACCUAAUCGUGAUGAUGUAGUAUAUGUUGAAUGCAACGUCUGUACCUCGCUUGUGAGUGUGGCCGAUCCUCAUAACUACCACUGA